AUGACGGAAAAUAGUUCUUUAUCCAAGACAGAUUUAUAUCCAAAUAAAUACAAUAAUAAAAAAAAUGGAGAAGAUUCCCAGUCUUGGAUUGACGGGAUUAUUGAUUUGAUGGAGAUACAAAAGUCGUGCAUUCUUGUAGCUUGUAAAAACGAUGCUGUCAUUUCUGCCAGCAAAGUCAUUGGUAAUCUCGAUCGACCUUGUAAAACAGUGCUUUUUUGUGCGAGCGGACAAGUGCGUAAUCACAAGUCAAGUGCAUUAAACAUCAUUGAAGAGUCUUGUGUGUGGAGGCGUCUAAUAAGAAAAGCUCGCAUGGUUUCCAAUAGGGUUAAAUUAGCACAUCAGUCAUGGAAGCGGGACUCGGAAGCACCGACUCUGGAUCGAGAAUCAGGUCUUGUCGUACAUUUAACAUUUGGCUAG